AUGGAUUUCCAAGACUUCACAAUUAUUGACAAGAGCUGGAUAGGACUUCCAAGAGACCACGAUGCAUUCAAAGCAGGAGUUCGAAAUUUCAUAGACUAUGCGAGCUGGGAUUUAGAACCCGACCAGAAAAUAUUUUGUCCUUGUAAGGAUUGCAAUAACAAUAAGAGAGAGCUUGUGUCUGUAGUGCACGGACAUAUUCUGUGGAAUGGCUUUAUGCCGGGAUAUGUGGAUUGGGUAUACCAUGGAGAAGGGGAAGACCAGGUGAGGGAAACAACCAAUACUGGAAAUGUGGUGCAGGACGACGAUGAAGAAAUGUCUGAUUUGCUGCAAGAAAUGAACUAUGACGCCUCCAAUUUUUACAAGUUGCUGAACGAUGCGCAGGUGUCACUAUAUCCUGGCUGUGAAAAGUUUUCAAGAUUAUCCUUCAUUGUGCACUUGCUUCAUGUCAAGUCCCUCGGUGGAUUGAACAUCAAGGGGUUUGAUGCGUUGUUGAGUCUCUUGACCAAAGCCUUUCCGGAUGCCAAACUACCAAAGAAUUUUUAUGAUGCUAGAACAACAAUCAAGGGCUUGGGGCUUGGCUACAUUUUGAUCGAUGCUUGCGAGAAUGAUUGUGUUUUGUUCUGGAAAGAGAAUGCAGAUAAAACUUCUUGCCCGGUAUGUCAUGCUUCAAGAUGGAAAACUACUGAAUUGAAUGUGGAUAACGAAUCAAUCAGAAGAACACCAAGAGGUAAAAACAUUCCAGUAAAGCAAUUGCGGUACUUCCCAUUAAAGCCAAGACUUCAGAGGUUAUUUAUGUCUUCAAAGACCGCUUCUUAUAUGCGAUAUCAUGCCAAAAGACGUCCCAAAGAUGGAGUUUUGAGGCAUCCAGUUGAUGCAGAGACAUGGAAGACCUUUGAUAAGAAGCACCCAGAGUUUGCAGCUGAUCCUCGCAAUGUAAGACUUGCAUUAGCAACUGAUGGGAUGAAUCCGUUUGGGAAUAUGUUGCAUCCACAUAGUACAUGGCCAGUUGUUCUCAUCAGUUAUAACUUACCACCGUGGUUGUGUAUGAAAGAGGAAAAUUUUAUCUUGUCUAUGAUAAUUCCUGGACCCAAAUCCCCAGGAAACGACAUCGAUGUGUAUUUGCAACCACUCAUAGAGGAAUUGAAGGAAUUGUGGGAUGAAGGUGUUGAAACUUACGAUAUUUCAAAGAAAGAGAAUUUUAAAUGUCGUGCAGCAUUACUUGGCACCAUCAGUGAUUUCCCUGCACUAGCUAUGCUUUCCGGGUGGAGCACCAAAGGGGAAUUUGCUUGUCCGUGCUGUGGGCCUGACCGAUGUUCAGAACGACUGAGCAAUGGGGGCAAGUAUUGUUACAUGCAUCAUCGUCGAUACUUGCCUGCUGGUCAUCAUUGGCGCCACCAGAAGUCAGCCUUUGAUGGAGAGAAAGAACUUCGAGAACCACCACAUCUGAUGAAUGGGGAUGAAAUUGCUCAACAGCUGGCUCAUUUUCGACAAGUUCAGUUUGGUAAGAACGCCAAACAGACUGGUCUGACAGAAAUAACACUAGUUACUUUUGAACACAACUGGAAAAAAAAGAGCAUAUUUCAUGAGUUGCCGUACUUAAGCUCAAUUAUAUGUUUUCAUAAUGUCGAUGUGAUGCACGUUGAGAAGAAUAUUUGUGAAACUGUAUUGGGCACAGUGAUGAAUGUAGAAGGGAAAACGAAAGACAAUCUUAAGGCCCGGUUGGAUCUGAUGGACUGGGGAUUACGGCCGGAGUUACAUUUGAGACAAGAGGGAGAUAAAAUAGUGGUGCCAACAGCUUCUUUUGUCAUGUCGCCCAAAGAGAAGGAAUCUUUUUGUAGAACUUUGAAGGAUAUUAAGGUUCCCGAUGGAUACUCAUCAAAUAUUUCUCGGUGUGUGAACGUUAAGGAUCGAAAGAUUAUGGGUCUGAAAAGUCAUGACUAUCAUGUAUUAAUGGAAUAUUUAUUUCCUAUUGCCUUACGUGGACACUUGGAUGGGGAUAUAUUGGAAGCACUGAGUGAGUUAUGUAUGUUUUUUAAAGUGUUGUGUACACGGGUUCUCAAGAUAGAGGAUCUGGAUAAACUACAAGAUAGUAUCGCAAUUACUUUGUGCAAGUUGGAAAGAAUAUUCCCCCCAUCUUUUUUUGUUGUGAUGAUGCAUUUGCCCAUUCAUCUAACACAACAAGCAAAGGAUGCAGGUCCAGUUCAGUAUCGGUGGAUGUAUCCGAUCGAGAGUCUUACUGUAAUUACUUUAGGUAUCUGCUGUUGUACAAAAUUUAAUAAACUUGAAAGGAAUGAGGAUGAUGAGGCGCCACAACCUGAUGAUCGAUUAAUAGUUUUCAAACAAUCCGGUAGGCCCGUUGGAGCUGAAACUUGGGGACAGCUUACGGAGUCAGAGAUGAAACAAAUCCAACUUUAUGCUUUGCUGAAUACCAAAGAAGUGCAGCCAUAUGAGGAGGAACACAAAAGUGAGCUGCAAAGCCGUGGCUUAAGAGACGCCGACGUUAAUAGAAGACACAUCAAAGAGUUUCCUGAUUGGUUUGCAACUAAAAUAUACCAAUUGCAUAAAAAAGGUCAGGUGAGUGAUGAACUAUAUUCGUUGAGUCAAGGUCCUGCUAAAGAAUGUUUGAGUUACAAUGGCUACAUUAUCAAUGGGUUUAGAUUUCAUACAAGAGAGUGGGAGAGUCGACGAAAGUCACAGAAUAGUGGACUGUGUGUCCCUCGGGAAGACGAAGGUGUAGCUGAAGAUGAAAAUGAUUUUUAUGGAGUUGUGAAUAAUAUUAUCGAGGCACGGUAUGUGGGUCAACUCCGAGUUCUUCUUUUCAAAUGCGAUUGGAGACCGAUUGCAGGAACAGAUGAGUUUGGAUUUACUAGUGUCCAUAUGAAUAGAAGAUAUUAUGUGAAUGAACCGUUUAUUUUAGCAUCUCAAGCACAACAGGUUUUCUAUAUCAAUGAUGUAUAUAAUAAACAAAAUGAAGUGGUUAUAAAAACGCAACCUCGUCGGUCUUUCAAUAUUCCAGAAAUAGAUUCGGAUGGGGAGACUGAAACAGAAAGCUCGACUUCUAGUGAGGCAUAUCAAGAAUGGCAUUCAAGCUAUUCGAUAAAAGAUCUUAGAGGAGAGCCACAUCAGGAUCGCAGUGACAGUUUUGUUUGGGAUAGGAACGACGUUCCCCCAGAAACUAUCAGUCGUGCUGCAGCAGCAGUAGCUUGUCGAAGCCAAGAAGAUGAAGAGGAAAAUGACACGGAUGCCGUUUACACCUCUGAUGAUGAGGAUGAGUAUGAAUUUGAUGAUAAUAACAACCGCGAUGAUAUGGAAUUUUAA